AAAAAAUCAAUGGACAAGAAAGUUGUAUGUACAUGUAGUGCAAUCAUCGUCGAUUAUUAAUUCAGUGAUUAGGAUCGGAGAAGGAAAAGGCGCGAUCUAUGCAAAAGAAAAUAUCCUGGGAUCAGCGUAGUAUGUAGAAAAUGAGAGCGCUUCUUUAGCCUUCCAUCACUUGCCACAUCAGCCUUUAGACAAUAUCCGCAUCAAAAUUUGAGGUAUAAAAAGGACGGGUUCCCCUACCUCUUUCCUCUCUUUUAUUUUCUCCUCAUCCUCAUCAGCACCACAGUCUCAAGCUAACAACCACAUCAGCAACUAACAUUCCUUUCACAAUGGUUCACGAGUUCUUCAAUCCCGCUCAAGCUGCCGCCUUCGACGAGCUUAGCCAAAAGAAGGAUACCACCUUUGAGGUACGCUACUUUAAUGUCCACGGUUUGGCCACUGCCAUUCGCCUCAUCCUCGCAGCCGCUGGCGCAAAGUUCACCAACAUUUUCCCUGGCGACAAUUGGGCCGAGGAAAAGCCCAAGGCACCUUUUGGUGUCAUGCCCUUGCUCAAGGAGAUUUCAGCUGAUGGCAAGACUUCCCUCCAGAUCGCAGAGUCCGAUUCAAUUGAACGCUACCUGGCUCGCAAAUUUGGUUUCUACGGCUCCAACUUGUUCGAAGAGACUGCCAUCAACACCUUUGUCUCUCAGCUCAUGGAUGUGAACUCGAAGAUCUUUGUCCGCUAUUUCGCUGUCAAAGACGACAAGGAGCUUCAGGAGAAGAACAGGAAAGAGCUGGUCGCAGGCCCUAUCGCCAAUUGGAUCAAAUAUAAUGAGCAGCACUUGAAGGACAAUGGAACCAAUGGCCAUUUCGUUGGUAACAAGUUGAGUCUCGCUGAUUUCAGAGCCUACUUCUUCAUCUGCCUUUUGGAGAUGAUCACUGCGGAGGAGGGCUUGAUCUCGCCCGAGAAGACUCCUGGUAUCUUGAAGGUCAAGGAGGUUAUUGAUUCGGAUCCUUCAAUCAAGGCUUGGAAGGCCACCGAGGACUACAAAGUCCUUUCCGAGAACAAUGCUAGAAUGCUUGGCUUCCCAUAAAUAAGCGCAGGCUCGGAACAGAUAUCUCUCUCUCUCUCUCUAUAUAUAUACACCAACACGCAAAAAUGAGUCAAGGUCAACCCUAUUUGUUAGCUUUACUCUUUCAUUUCUUAGGAACCCCAUCUAUGUAGACAUUUAAUAUACUUGGCACACCAAUAAAGCCCCUCCAUCAUCAUUCAAGUCAUCAUUGUGUGGG